AUGUCUGUCGCUUGGAUCGGCAGUAAAAUUGCCAACGAAACGAUCGCAGCCAUCAACUUCAUUACCAACAGCAACCUCACUGUCGCCAACAGCCCGUCUCCAACUAGGAAUCAGAGCUGCUUCGAUGAUCCUUCCAAUGCAUUGAGAUGGUACAAAGAAAAUCUCAACGCCACAGAAGUAGCGCGCAUGGUCCAUAAGCAUAACCCCUGCACGUCCCUCUCUGGACCGGAGCUCGCCUGGUGUAAGAAGAGGGCGUCCAUACAAUCGAAUUUACUUUUCGGGCUGCUCUUCGUAGCGUUCCCACUGCUGAUGGCAUUUGCCGGCACACUUUGUGGAAAGGCGUUGAACAGAUGUUGUCGCAAGCUAUGCGCGUGGACGGAGUGGCCAGGCAUGCUGAGCUUCUGGGCACUGAAAAUGGCCGCGAACAUAUUUCUGAUAGGCUCGAUUGUGCUAAUGUCACGAACUGGGUCACCAUGGGCAGCCAUCCCCAUGUGCCUCAUCGUUGUUCCGGUGUUCCGCUAUGGCUACCGUCAUAUCAUGGAUCCCACAGUGUACCCGAUUUUGGGACCUGAACUCGUCAAUAUGUUGGCUCGGAUAGAGCAGCUCUCAAAAUCUCAAGUCGCCCGGAAGCUUUGGAUCUGCAAGCAGAACUCCGAGAACUUGGCCGUGGACGAAGUUGUCGCCGAAAUAACUAUCGUUGUGUCCGAUGUCAAUAAGUAUCCGGAUGGUGGCUAUGUCGCAGAGAUUGCCGGAGCCCCUCAUCCACAGCUGGAAGCUGAUGAAAGGAUGCCACGGAUUAGAGGUCCCAACGAUCGAGAAUGUGCCAUCUGCAACGAGGGCUACAAAACGAAUCAGAUCCUGGAUAUCCUACCAUGCGGCCAUCGUCUUCAUGCCAUUUGUGCGGCACUAUGGUUCGAGGAGAAGCUGCAAUGUCCCUACUGCCGGAAAGACUUCAGGUAUGUCGGAAGUCUCGCCAUGAGACGGGAAGAUGAGUUGUCUGCGAAUGUUCAAAAUGAAGUCGCGUGA